UUUGUAUAUGUGCAGUCUGUCGGGAUGUCCUCGCGCCGACCGCUCACAACUGCAGCCACACUCCCAGGAGCUCAAGUGUCCGACACCAGGCUGUGAUGGCUCCGGACACGUCACCGGAAACUACUCCUCGCACCGGUCGCUCUCCGGCUGCCCGAGAGCCAACAAACCGAAGAGCAAGCCCAGGGACGGACAAGAUUCGGAACCACUCAGUGCCUCUGGAUGUCCCAUAGCAAAUCGCAACAAAAUGCGAGUGCUAGAAAGCGGUGGUACGGUAGAACAACACAAGGCGGCGGUCGCAGCCGCGGCUUCGGCGAUCAAGUUUGACGGUGUCAACUGUCCGACACCCGGCUGUGAUGGAUCCGGACAUAUCAACGGAUCCUUUCUAACGCACAGAUCACUGUCGGGAUGUCCAGUUGCUGGCGCGGCAACGCCCACGCCGCAGCCCAAGAAGGCCAAAUACCCGGAUGAUAUUACUCCCCUCUACCCAAAGCCGUAUUCAAGUAUGGACAUAAACAUGCAGACAGGCAACGGCGAGGACCUGAUGACAUUGGAGCAAGAGAUUACUGAGCUACAACGAGAAAACGCACGCGUCGAGUCUCAAAUGAUGCGUCUCAAAUCUGACAUCAAUGCGAUGGAGUCGCACCUGAGCCACGGAGAAAGGGAGAAUCAACUAAUGUCACAGAGAAAUAACAACCUCAAUGAGUACUACGAAAGUUUGCGAAAUAACGUUAUAACGUUGCUGGAGCAUGUAAGAAUUCCUGGAGGGGGGACUGUGCCAGUUACUUCAGCUCCCGGUACACCCGGUGCUCCCCAACCCCCUCCAGGUGAAAAACCGGCCCAUGACAAUUUUGAUUCAUAUCUGACGAAAUUGCAAACUCUGUGCUCACCAGACGGAUACUGCCCUGACGAAAACCGGCCGAUCUACGAAACGGUAAAGAAUGCUCUCCAGGAUUUCACAGUUCUCCCAACUCCGAUUUAAGGCUCGCCAAGCACCGCCGAUUCUGAACGUCAGUGAGGUCACUCACAUUGGAAUGGCGGGGCUUUCAGUACUUAGUGAAGUGACGCUUUAAAGUAAAAGGAGCUGUGUUAGAAUAAUUGUAAUUUAUCAAAGUGUAAGACUGCCGAUACAGUGAUGAAAGAGUGAGCAAUGAUUGUGUACAGUGUAACAAUUGUGUCCCUGUUGAUGUUACAUGCAUUAUGUUCUAUAAUAUUAUAGCAAUGUCCGUUUUGUAAAACAUUGUAUACGAUGCGUGUAUUCUAUAAGACAUCACAUUAACGGAUUUGUUUGAAUAUAUUAUCAUUAUUGAUACUGGUCAACUUAUUGUAGCAUAAAUGAAUUUUAACCUUGUUAUUGUAUGCUUAUAACAGUAAUGUAAUUUACUGUAGGAAAAAAUGUUUUCGUGAACACGAAGGCCCCUGAAACUCGACCACUGACACCAUUGUAUAUAUUGUUGUAUUAAUUGUAAUGUCAGUUUUAAUGAAACUUUGUGUCCAUAUGUUUAGCUAAUUUGAUAGAUAAGGUGUUUCAUCGAAGGAUAGCCACUAAGUGUACACAUUCUCUGAUAUUAUUUUGUUCUAAAUAACGGAUUUACUGGGAUUGUGCCAAAAUAGAACACUCAUUGAUAUGUUGCUUAUAUAAUAAUUAAAAUUUUGGUGUAACUAGUGCAUAAUGUAAAAAUGAUGAAAUAAACAAAAUCUAUCUUUGGACGACCUUCUAGUCAGUUCUGUAAAUAAAAUACUGUGAAUAUAGUUGUCGCGUUACCAAGACGCAUCUAUUAAUUAUAAAUUAUAAUAAGUAAUGAAAGAUCUCAUUAGAUCAACUAAGUAAUAUUACAAAUAACCGAUUUAGGUAUAAUAAAAUUAUUUGUUAGCCAAUAUUCACUUGCUGUGAUUAUGUUAAUGUUAUUUACUUAUUUAUUGUUAUAUUUGCGGAUUGUGAUAAAUCUGUUGGUGGCAAAUUGCUUAUGUUUUACAUGCUUUACAAUUCUUUUAUUUAUUUUGACUUAGAAUGAUUAUGUUAAUUCGUGCAUUGAUAUUUGCAUCAUUUGUUUAUUUUACAACAGUGGUUACCGAAGUUAAAUAUUUGCAUACAUCUUUUUUAAUGUUAUUCUUAUUGUCAUAUAUGUUUCUGUAAAAUAUUGAAUAUGUGUUGUUAAAGAGAAUAAAAGUAAUAUACCGAAA